AUGUCAUUCGGUGCAAAUUCUUCCGGACAAGACAACAAGUCAUUAUUCCAAGGCCAAGAAAAAAAGAGUAACAACAGUGACAACACAUCUGUCUUUUCUUUUGGAGGUGCAGCUCAAGGGACUACCUCCAAUCCCGGCCUGUUUGGAGCAAAAGUCGAGCAAAAAGGUGUGCCUUCGAAGCCUACAUUACUGAAUCUGGGUGGUGCACAAAAAGCUACAGCUCCUGUAAAUUCAGACAACAAGUCACAACCGGCUACAUCAUCUUUCAAUUUGGGACCUACUUCGAAUGAUUCUGUCAAAGCACCGAGUAAUACACUCUUUAGCUCUAAGACAACUAAUAAUGCUGCACCAAUAAGUUUUGGUGGUGCCGCCAAAACAGAUAAUUCAAAUACGUCGGCGAAACCACUUUUCAGCUUCAGCACGACAGGUACAACAGAUGCGUCUUCGAAAAAGGAAGCUGAAAUAGCAAAACCUGCGAGCCAGGCUGCUUCAUCUAAUGAUAAAAAGCAGGAUGAUAAACCGAUACCAUUCUCCUUUGGUGCUACAAACGGAAAUGAAAAUAGUUCAGAGAGUAAACCUGCCUUCUCUUUUGGUGUCAAUGCUAAUACUAAUACAAAACCUAGCCUAUUCUCUACCGAAAAAAAAGAUGACACAUCUCAAUUUUCCUUGGGCUCCAAAGUGCAAGACAACAAACCAACACCCGGAUUCUCUUUUGGUUCGAAAGAUAGCUCGGAUAAGAAGGAAGGAAGCGAAACAGCAAAUCCAGCUCCAUUUUCUUUUGGCUCAAAAGCUCAAGAUAACAAGUCGACUCCUGGAUUUUCGUUUGGUGCAAAAAAUAGCUUGAAUAAGAACGAAGGAACUGAAACUGGAAAACCAGCGUUCUCUUUCAACAGCAAGGUAGAAAACAAUAUCGCGAACCCCUCGGUACCAUCCCUAGGUACAGCGAAGCCCAAUGAUGAGAAGAGAGACUCUUUAGCAAGUUCAGGAUUCUCCUUUGGGGCAACGAAGCCUUCUGUCGAGAAACAAGCAGCAACCUCGAAGACAGAGACAAAAGGCUUUUCAUUUAGUGGCGACAAAUCUACUACCCAAAAGGCAGAUAGUGCUCCAGAUGGUUCACAGGGUGGCUUCUCUUUUGGCACACAGAAGCCAAAUGAAAAGGAGAAGCUGUCAUCCACAGGUGCAUUCUCAUUUGGAACUAAGAAAAAUGAGGUGAAAAAGGAAAGUGUUGAAUCAAAUUUAGCAGAACAUAAGUCUAAUGGACAGUCCCUGAAUCCAAAAACAAUCGAGCCGGUGCCAAUUUCACUUGAUAAUAAAACUUUAGAUGAUUUGAUCACCAGAUGGACAGAACAGUUAUCUGGUGCGGGAGCUCAUUUCAACGAGUUCUCCAAAAGGAUUAACGAAUGGGAUCAGGUCUUGGUUAAAGGUGGCCAACAAAUCAAUCAACUAUACUCAGAUACUCUGCUUGCGGAGCAAACUCAGAAUAGAAUCGAUCAAUCGCUCCAGUAUGUAGAGAGACAACAAGAUGAAUUGGAAGCCUUUCUUGACAAUUACGAGAGCAAAACAGAAGCCUUGCUCUCUGAUGUCCUCUCUACAAGCGGUAAUGGUGCUGCGAACAACAAUGAUCAAAAAAGGCAGCAGGCUUACCAUACGGCAGAAACUUUGGAUGAAAACCUGAAUUCGCUUUCCUUGAAUCUCUCUUCUUUGAUAUCAGAGAUAAAUGAGGUAAGCAACACGUUCAACAAAGCUACUGCAAUAAAUUUGCGUAAUAAAGAUGAGAACACACAAUUAAUUAAGAUCUUAAAUUCACAUCUGGAUGCUUUGAAAUUAUUGGAGAACAACUCAUCAACAUUAGAACAGAAGAUCAAGCUGAUCGGUAAAUAG